CCCAAACCAAAGUACCGCUAGGUAUAGCUGGCCUGUGCUUUUGCCACCCCACAAGCGUCACGCGGGAUUGAAUAGUCUCGCGAUGCCUCGGAUCUUCCUCUUACGACUCGUCUUCAUCCUCACCGCUGCGACUUACCAUCUUCACCCUACAGAUCAAGUCCAACACCGCCAAGAUGUCUAUAUCCCAGGCAUCACUCUCGGUCGCAAUCUUGGCCUCCACUCUCGGAACCUACAUAGGCCUCCUAAACCCCAACCCCGAACCACCUCAAACCCCAAACGACCCUCACCACCACAACCAACAUCACCAUCAAACCACACACGCAGACUCAAUCCGCUGGAUGAACCUCACCCACAAACACACCCCAAAAGUAAUCCUCCUCCCCCUCGCCCUCCUCUCCCUCCACUUUGCCGCCCUAACCCUCUACUUCCCCUCCAUACCCGCCUCUAUCCUCCGCCACGGCGCCGAAAACGGUCUCAGCGCCUCCCUAACAACCUGGUCCGCCUCAACCCUCCUCCCGCUCUCCGCAAUCUUCCUCCUCGGCGUCCCGCUCCGUCUCGGACCCUACCGCUCCCUCGGAAAGAACUUCACCUUUCAGCUCACGAAGCCGGAUCAACUUAAAACGACGGGGAUUUAUAGCUACCUCCAGCACCCGAGCUACACGGGCGUCAUGGUGCUCGUGCUAUCCAACGUCGCGCUGCUGGCUAGGCUCGACGGCGUGCUGAGCUGCUGGGUUGCGCCUGGGUUGCAUCAUGGAUUACAGAGUGUACAGUGGGUUCUGGGGCCUGCUGCGUGUUGUGUGUUUUUGUUUGGUGUGUGGACGCGGGUGAGGGAGGAGGAGAGGAUGUUGAGGGAUGAGUUUGGGGAGAAGUGGGAGAGGUGGCAUGCUUCGACGGCAAGGUUUGUGCCGUAUGUGUUUUGAGGGUUGUGUUCUUAGACGUUUGAUGCGAUGAUGGAAGGUUGAUAUCCAUGGUAGACUUCACGAUUCAGUUCAGACAUUUGCUUGUUGGCUUUGACAAUGUGAUCUCUUGGUUUGACGUAUCUAUCUUUGGGUCAAUUUCGCGUUCGGCAUCUCAGUUUACAAUGGUGCAACCAGUCUCAUCUUCUUUCUCCCUUUACGGCUCCUCGUCUACAUCUACAUGUACUUCACCCCGAACAUGAAAGCGAUUGACUUCAUCUCUCUCAAGAUCCCAAAGACACUGCAACCUCUCAAUCGACUCUUAACCACCUCAUUCAUCUCCACCGAAUCCAAGAGGUGCAACCAACAAGGUCCCCGAGUUCCACAACAAACUGGAUCCAACAACCAAUCCACAACACUAAAAGCAUGCAUAUGGCUCCACACUAGGGCACACCCUCCCACCACCCGCAUCGUCCAUGAGGACUUGACCGCUC